GACUUCACCAGACGCCUCCACACCUCCCCAGCAAUGAUGGCUGUUCUCCGCUCUGGAGGAAGAGUGUUCAUCAUGCUUCUCAUUAGCAGGACGUUAGAGAACUAUCUGCUCAGCGCUGAAGUAAAGGAGGGAGAGAUUCUGCCUCCCACCAUUCAGAAGCUGAUGAAAGGAUACAACAAGUACCUCAGGCCUUUCUUUGACAAUGGGCCAGUGACUGUGGGCAUGAGUUUGGACGUUGCCAGCAUUGACACCAUAUCAGAGAUCAACAUGGACUACACGGCCACCAUCUUCCUGCGUCAGCGCUGGACAGACGAGCGCCUGGUGUUUGAGGGGAACAAAAGCCUGAGUCUGGACGGCAGACUUGUGGAGCUGCUCUGGGUACCAGACACCUUCAUCGUAGACUCCAAGAAGUCUUUCCUCCAUGACAUCACUGUGGAGAACAGGCUGAUCAGGAUCUUCCCCAAUGGAACAGUGCUCUACGCCCUGAGGAUCACCACCACUGUGGCCUGCAACAUGGAUCUGACCAAAUAUCCCAUGGACAAGCAAACCUGCACUCUGCAACUGGAGAGCUGGGGCUACAACACCAAUGAUGUGAUGUUCUACUGGACCAGAGGGAAUGAGUCGGUCAGUGGUUUGGACACGCUGCGUCUGGCCCAGUACACAGUAGAGGACCACUACACCUCUGCGUCUGAGGCCAUCUAUGAAACAGGCCACUACCCCAAGCUGAUCUUCCACUUUGAGCUGAAGAGAAGCAUCCUGUACUUCAUCCUGGAGACGUAUGUUCCCUCUAGCCUGCUAGUGGUCCUGUCCUGGGUGUCCUUCUGGAUCAGCCAGUCUUCCGUCCCCGCAAGGGUCUGCAUCGGAGUGACCACGGUUCUGACCAUGACCACAUUGAUGAUGGGUGCCAGGACGUCCCUGCCCAACGCCAACUGUUUCAUCAAGGCCAUCGAUGUGUACCUGGGCAUCUGCUUCAGCUUCAUCUUCGGAGCCCUGAUCGAGUACGCCGUGGCCCACUUCUGCACCCUCAACCACCCCGACGCCAACAUUGUCAUGUACGGUCACCAGAUGGGAGGCUUUGACGAGGAGAUGAACGGCAUGGUCACUACCAUCGCCGCUGAAAACAAUAGGGCCAAGAGGCGUAAGGAGAAAGCUGCUGCAGUCUCAGCGCCCAUUGCAGAGCUGGAACUGGGCCCCUCCAGCCCCACUGGCAGCGAGCCCAAGCCCGAGGCUCCUGAGGAGCCUCCCAAUCGCUGCCUCACUGUCCUGGUCCUCCUCCGCAAGUUCCUGCGCAGAGCUGCAAACUGUUUCCAUGUGGAGAAUCCCCACUUAAUAGACAACUACUCCAGGAUGACCUUCCCCCUCUCCUUUGUAUUCAUCAACGUCCUCUACUGGACAUACUACCUGUACUUGUAACACACAGGAGUGUGUGUUUCGGUAUGUGCAUGUGCGUGUGUGUGUGUGUGGGUGUCUGAAUCUGUGUGUUUCUGUUUGUAAGUGGGAUUCAUUCAUACUGUAUGUGUUUUUUUUCUCAAACAAUGCACAUGUUUACAUUUACAGUCAUGAGUGAGGCAUAGUGUACAGUAGACCACCAACUACAGUACAACAUCCUGAGGAGAAUUACAUGUCCAUGCCACGUUUAUUAUACCUAAUUCAGCUCAUUACUGCUCUCAUAACUGAUGAAUUUCCAGUAAGUUCUGUCCAUGAUGGCCUGCUGACAGAUGACCUAUGGCUGGUGUGGAGCAGAGGAGUGAGUGGCUGGAUGCGCUGUGUAAUAUUUAUGAAUGAGCUCCUCACUGCGAAGGGAAGCAUCCAGAGUACCUCUGGGUUAGGCUGGGUCCACACUUAAGCUCCGAAUGGCAAUAUAUUUAAAUAUAUGCAUCUCUCUCUAUCUCUCUCUCUCUCAUAUUUUAUUUCUAUAAGAAAUCCAGUGGCCUUGGCUCCCUCCACCACAUUAUGGAAAUAGACUCUCAAUGAGCCAUAAACUGUUUUAUAUCAUUUGUCAUCAUAGGGCAACAACUGCCAGCACCUUAACUGGACAGGAACAAUGCAAUAGAAUGGUAGGAAUAUACAGCACCUAGUGGAGUAACAGUGAUAUAUGCAGUAUUUUUUCCAUUGGAGCUGGUAGAUAGUAUUUUGUGAGCUUUGUGAUCCACGCCAUCUUAAUGGUGAAGCUAGUACCUUGUAGUCGAUGUUUUAGGACACUGACAUUUUGAACAGAGGUGAAACCGCUACUGUAACAGGAUGUCAUCAUCAAGCACCUGUGCAUCAUCCAGAUAAGGGUUGAACUAACAUCCCUCCUUGUCCUCUGUUGUGUGAGUGUUGUGUAUGAUGACGAAUGUCAUAUAUUCCCAAUCAUAUUUUCACAUAUCAGUAAUAACAAAGGACCAAAGAUUUCAAUUUGCGUUGUAAUCUUUCCAUGGUUCCCUUUAGACUUUGUUCCGUUCCGUAUAACUACUAAUACAGUACAUUUUGAAAUGUUUAAUUAUUAGUUCCCAUUGAGGUGUAAAAAAUCUUUCAAGUAAAGUAAUAGCAUGCUAUAUCAGCAUGCAAAAGGAAAACUGCAACAUUUCAUAGCCUUGUGCAGACAGAAACAGUCUCACACUCAAUGCAUGUUUGUUUAUUACUUCCUUGAAUAUCUUAAAUAUCAAAUUCAUUUUUCUGUUACAAUGCUUUCACCCAUAUCCGAAAAGCCAUUGACAAGCAGGUUGUCCAUAGCACAAAAUAACAUAUGACUUGUUCAUGACUAUGAAAUACUAAUUCAUUCUCUUAAUUAAUGUACAUAAUGGAAGUCUAUAGGUCAUUAUCAAUAAAACGUCACAAUAAGGUGCAGAGCCUUCAAUUUGGCUGCUGGGGGUCAAUGAGACCCCCAGCUCCGCUAAACCAUUGACAUCUACGUGCCGUUUUCACGGUAUUAUUAAAUCAAUGUUAUAACUAUUUGGUUUUAAUAUCAUCUCCUCAAAUAAAAUAAAAUCACAUUUUAUUGGUCACAUACACAUAUUUAGCAGAUGUUAUUGCGGGUGUAGUGAAACGCUUGUUUUCCUAGCUCCAACAGUGCAGUAGUAUCUAAAAAUUCACGACAAAAAGAGCAUUGAAAAGAUUAGUCAGAACUUCAUGUUUCCGAUUAUUCCACAUUUAGCUCGAUCUUCAGUUACACAGCAAAUAACCGCAUGCUUUUCAUGAUCAGUAAACAUCAAUUGAUCAUGUGAUUUCAGAUACGUGAGGGUAGCUUAUCCAUUAGGCAUGUAGCUAGCUAGCUAAGCAAACAAUGUAUUAUUAGCUUGCUUUGUCAGAAAUAAGGCUUUUGGGAAGAGCUUGACAUCGGCAAGUUCUCUUCCUGUCUAUUUCCAAUCUUCUGUCACCAACUGUAAUGAACACGAUGGGAGACAGAGAGCUGGUUUCAAACUCAGGGCGCAGCAGGUGUUCAUUUGUAAAGGACCGCAGGAGGAGGCAGGUAGCUGGGUCCAGGGGCAGGCAGAAGGUUAUACACAGGGGGUCCAAAAAAGGCAACAGUACAGGCAGGGAAAAGGCUAGUAACGUCAUCCGGGAGAUCAGGCAAUAGGUUGAUAACAGGAAAUCCGAUAGGCUAAAGUACAGGCAGGGAAUAGGCAAAAGGUGUCGUUAGUGAGGCAGGCCAAAACUAUCAUACACAGGAGGACUAUUUACAGGAAAAACUGAGUUCUGAAUAGAAGUGUGUCACAAAACAAACAAUACCUCACAAUGAUGGGGUGCAAAGAAACUGAACUAAAUAGUGUGUGAUAAUGACAUAUAGGUGUGUGAACAGGUGAUCAGAAUUCAGGUGAUUGGGAUCUGGAGAGUGAGCUGCGUUCAGGGGAUCUAUGUGUUUGAGAGUGUGCGCUGGAAAGUGGUCUGUAAAGUGAGCUGCAUUCAAGGGAGCUACAUGUUUGAGAGUGUGAGUUGGAAGCAGACGUUACACCACCACUAUACUGUAGAUGGCAAGCAAAUCAAACAAUAUUUUAGCUUGUUUGAUUUGCUUGUUAGCUUGUUAACUAGCCAUAUUGACGUGAUCUGUUAUUAGCUAGCUAGUCAAUUUGAUGUGGUCUAUCAAUAAAUGUAGCCUAUCAUGUCUGUCGUGGUAAAGCACUCUUAAAAACAAGGUUGAAAAGGGGAUGUUAGGUAACUUCGCGAGGUAGGCCUAUAUUGGUCUAUAUAUGUUUAGCCAACUGGAUGACUUUUCUACCAGUAGCUUGCAAAGUAAACAUUAUCAGCUGAAAGUACAUGGGCAAAUGUGACCUUCUGCUGCUUGACAGGCAGAGCCCACAAAGGAUGGGAAAUUAACCUAAACCACUCAAACUUGUCAGGUAUAGUUCACUUUUAUGUUAAAUCACUCAAAUAUCCAAGUAAGAGGGGCCAAUAUUGAGAGAUAUUGUGAGGGUAGCCUCACCUAUCUGAAAUUAUUUUAUUUAUUUUAUUUCACCUUUAUUUAACCAGGUAGGCCAGUUGAGAACAAGUUCUCAUUUACAACUGCGACCUGGCCAAGAUAAAGCAAAGCAGUGCGACACAAACAACAACAGAGUUACACAUGGAAUAACAAACAUACAGUCAAUAAUACAAUAGAAAAAGUAUAUAUACAGUGUGUGCAAAUGAGGUGAGAUAAGGCAAUGAAUAGGCCAUAGUGGCUAAAUAAUUACAAUAUAGCAAUUAAACACUGGAGUGAUAAAUGUGCAGAAGAUGUGUGCAAGUAGAGAUACUGGGGUGCAAAGGAGCAAAAUGAAUAACAGUAUGGGGAUGAGGUAGUUGGAUGGGCUAUUUACAGAUGGGCUAUGUACAGGUGCAGUGAUCUGUGAGCUGCUCCGACAGCUGGGGCUUAAAGCUAGUGAGGGAGAUAUGAGUCUCCAGCUUCAGUGAUUUUUGCAGUUUGUUUCAGUCAUUGGCAGCAGAGAACUGGAAGGAAAGGCGGCCGAAGGAGGAAUUGGCUUUGGGGGUGACCAGUGAAAUAUACCUGCUGAAGCGCGUGCUACGGGUGGGUGCUGCUAUGGUGACCAGUGAGCUGAGAUAAGGUGGGGCUUUACCUAGGAAAGACUUAUAGAUGACCUGGAGCCAGUGGGUUUGGCGAUAAAUAUGAAGCGAGGGCCAGCCAACGAGAGCGUACAGGUCGCAGUGGUGGGUGGUAUAUGGGGCGUUCGUGACAAUACGGAUGGCGUUGUGAUAGACUACAUCCAAUUUGCUGAGUAGAGUGUUGGAGGCUAUUUUGUAAAUGACAUCGCCGAAGUCAAGGAUCGGUAGGAUAGUCAGUUUUACAAGGGUAUUUUUGGCAGCAUGAGUGAAGGAUGCUAUGUUCUGAAAUAGGAAGUCGAAUCUAGAUUUAAUUUUGGAUUGGAGAUGCUUAAUGUGAGUCUGGAAGGAGAGAUUACAGUCUAACCAGACACCUAGGUAUUUGUAAUUGUCCACAUAUUCUAAGACAGAGCUGUCAGCGAUUGGAUGAAGAGCAUGCAUUUAGUUUUACUUGCAUUUAAGAGCAGUUGGAGGCCACGGAAGGAGAGUUGUAUUGCAUCGAAGCUUGUCUGGAGGACAGUUAACACAGUGUCAAAAGGAGGGCCAGAAGUAUACAGAAUGGUGUCGUCUGCAUAGAGGUGUAUCAGAGAAUCACCAGUAGCAAGAGCGACAUCAUUGAUGUAUACAGAGAAAAGAGUCGGCCCGAGAGUUGAACCCUGUGGCACCCCCAUAGAGACUGUCAGAGGUCCGGACAACAGGCCCUCCAAUUUGACACACUGAACUCUGUCUGAGAAGUAGUUGGUGAACCAGGGGAGGCAGUCAUUUGAGAAACCAAGGCUGUUGAGUCUGCCAAUAACAAUGUGGUGACUGACAGAGUCGAAAGUUUUGGCCAGGUCGAUGAAGACAGCUGCACAGUAUUCUCUUUUAUCGAUGGCGGUUAUGAUAUCGUUUAGGACCUUGAGCGUGGCUGAGGUGCACCCAUGACCAGCUCUGAAACUAGAUUGAUUAGUGGAGAAGGUACGGUGGGAUUCGAAAUGGUCAGUGAUCUGUUUGUUAACUUGGCUUUCGAAAGACCUUAGAAAGGCAGGGUAUGAUAGAUAUAGGUCUGUAGCAGUUUGGGUUUAGAGUUUCUCCCCCUUUGAAGAGGGGGAUGACCGCUGCAGCUUUCCAAUCUUUGGGGAUAUCAGACGAUACGAAAGAGAGAAACAGGCUAGUAAAAGGGGUUGCAACAAUUUUGACGGAUAAUUUUAGAAAGAGAGGGUCCAGAUUGUCUAGCCCGGCUGAUUUGUAGGGGUCCAGAUUUUGCAGCUCUUUCAGAAAAUCAACUACCUGGAUUUGGGUGAAGGAGAAAUGGGGGAGGCUUGGGCAAGUUGUUGUGGGGGACGCAGGGCUGUUGACUGCGGUACCGGUAGCCAGGUGGAAAGCAUGGCCAGCCGUAGAAAAAAUGCUUAUUGAAAUUAUCAAUUAUCACAGAUUUAUCCGUGGUGACAGUGUUUCCUAGCCUUAGUGCAGUGGGCAGCUGGGAGGAGGUGCUCGUAACAGUGUCCCAGAACUUUUGGGAGUUUGUGCUACAGGAUGCAAAUUUGUUUCCUAACUGCCUGUGUAUAUUGGUUCCUAACUUCCCUGAAAAGUUGCAUAUUGCUGGGGCUAUUCAAUGCUAGUGCAGUACGCCACAGGAUGUUUUUGUGCUAGUCAAGGGCAGUCAGGUCUGGGGUUAACCAAGGGCUAUAUCUGAAUGGGGCAUACUUAUUUAAGAUGGUGAGGAAAGCACUUUUAAAGAGCAGCCAGGCAUCCUCUACUGACGGGAUGAAGUAAAUAUCCUUCCAGGAUACCCGGGCCAGGUCGAUUAGAAAGGCCUGCUCUCUGAAGGGAGCGUUUGACUGUGAUGAGGGGCGGUCGAUUGACCGCGAACCCAUUACGCACACAGGCAAUGAGGCAGUGAUUGCUGAGUUCCUGGUUGAAGACAGCAGAGGUGUAUUUAGAGGGCAAGUUGGUCAGGAUAUAUCUAAGAGGGUGCCCAUGGUUACGGAUUUAGGGUUUUUCCUGGUAGGUUCCUUGAUAAUUUGAGGGCAUCUGUUUAGAUUGUAGGAUGGCCGGGGUGUUAAGCAUGUCCCAGUGUAGGUCACCUAACAGUACGAGCUCUGAAGAUAGGGGGGUGAUCAAUUCACAUAUGGUGUCCCAAGGCACAGCUGUGGGCUGAAUGGGGUCUAUAACAAGCGGCAACGGUGAGAGACUUGUUUCUGGAAAGGUGGAUGUUUAAAAGUAGAAGCUCGGAUUGUUUGCGCACAGACCUGGAUAGUAUGACAGAACUCUGCAGGCUCUCUACAGUAGAUUUCAACUCCUCCCCCUUUUGGCAGUUCUAUCUUUUCGGGAAAAUGUUGUAGUUAGCGAUGGAAAUUUCUGGAUUUUUGGUGGCCUUCCUAAGCCAGGAUUCAGACAUGGCUAGGACAUCCGGGUUGGCGGAGUGUGCUAAAGCAGUGAAUAAAACAAACUUAGGGAGGAGGCUUCUAAUGUUAACAUGCAUGAAACCAAAGCUUUUACGGUUACAGAAGUCAACAAAUGAGAGCGCCUGGGGAUUGGGAGUGGUGCAGGGGGCUGCAGGGCCUGGGUUAACCUCUACAUCACCAGAGGAAAAGAGGAGGAGUAGGAUAAGGGUACGGCUAAAGGCUAUAAAACUGGUCGUCUAGUGCGUUCAAAACAGAGAGUAAAAGGAGCAGGUUUCUGGGAGCGGAAGAAUAGAUUCAAGGCAUGAUGUACAGACAAGUGGAUGUAGGAUGUGAGUACAGUGGAGGUAAACCUAGGCAUUGAGUGACAAUGAGAGAGAUUUUGUCUCUAGAAGAACCACUUAAGCCUGGUGAGGUCACUGCAUGUGUGAGAGGUGGAACAAAAGUGCUAGUUAAGGUAUUUUGGGCAGGGUUGGAGGCUGUACAGUGAAAUAAAACAAUAAUCACUAACCAAAACAGCAAUAGACAAGGCAUAUUGACAUUAGGGACAGGCAUGUGUAGCCGAGUGAUCAUAGGGUCCAGUGAGUAGCUAUAGAUGAGUUAGGGAGCCAAUUCAGUAGUGCUACUACGCUAGGUGAGCUGGAGACACGGCGAUUCAGACAGAUAGCGGGCAGGGCUAGCAGAUGGGUCUUCGGGGACAUCGCAACGGAAGAGCCUGUUGAAACCACCUCGGACGGUUACGUCGGCAGACCAGUCGUGAUGGAUCGGCAGGGCUUCGUGUCGACAGUAAAGGGUCCAGACCAAUUGGCAAACAAGUUAUUGUCGCCCAAGAAUUGGCUGAUGGACCUCUUCGGUUAGCCGGGAAAUGGGCCUAGCUCAAGGCUAGCUCCAGGCUAACUGGUGCUUGCUUCGGGACAGAGACGUUAGCCAGGACUAGCCACUCGGAUAGCAGUUAACUAGCUGCGAUGAUCCGGUGUAAAGGUUCAGAGCUUGCGGUAGGAUAUCCGGAGAUGUGGUAGAGAAAAAGCAGGCCGAUAUGCUCUGGGUUGAUAUCGCACUGUGCAGACUGGCAGGAAUUGACCGGGCUGAGGCUGGCUGAUGUCCGAGUUAACGGUGAUCACCGCUAGCAGUUGUUAACUGACUACUAUAAUGCAGUGCGACUCGAGUUUCGCCAUCAGCUGGAAGACGGUGUCCCUUUUUGGUCAGUGUCAGUGGAGGAAAGGGAGGGGGGGGGGGGACUUUGAGAGGUGGACCCUCAAUCUGCUGCUCUCUCCUUCCGCAGACACCAUCAGCCCAGUAAAAAUAAGAAGCUAAUUAUUUCAAUAUAUGCUCACAAAGCUGUGCCUCGCAAGUAAUACAACAACUGAUAUAUUAUCGGUGUGAUCAUUCCUACGUCAACAUUUUUUAUAUAAUAAAAGAAAAUGGUCUGAACAACAAUGUAUUGGCAGGGCAAUUCAAGCAAAGUCAAUAUGCAGUGAUAAUGUAUUGGGCCUAUAGCCUACUGCACAAACCUCAUUGCUACAGUACUGUUUUUAAUAGGUUAAUGUUUCAUAGGCUUACGUUUUUUUUAAAAGUCAUGUUAAAAAAAAAUCUGAGUGGUAGAUCUCGCCUUGCAAUUUGACUCAGAAAGUGAUCUUGAUUCAGAAAAGGUUGGUGACCACUGCUGUAGGUCAUGUAACUGUUUGUUACAUGCCAUGUGUUUUGUGGACUUCACCGGACAGAUGUUGCUUUCCAGUUAUGUGAUGAAACAAAGGUGUGUUUGAAUUUAUUCUGCCACUUUGUCUUCUUAUUGUCUCGGGCUUAGGCUUGUAUAUCACAGUGUCAAGGUACAUAAACUAACAGAUUACAGAGCAAAUAAUGCAAUUAUCACAACACAUAGGUGGUAAUAUGUUUUUUUGUCUGGCUUGGCGUCCCCAGUGAUUUUACCCAAACACCGCUACUGAUAGUUAACAUUUAUUUAACAAGCCCUUGAAAACGACACACAGUUGUCAAUGGUUUUAGUGGAGCUGGGAGUCUCCCUGCCCCCCAGCAGGCAAAUCAAACGCCCUGCACCUUAUUGUGACGUUGUAUUGGUAACGACCAAUAUUUGCAAUAAUUCACCAUAAUGCAACAUUAACUUACAAAACUUUUUUGUUUUAGUCUCAUUUUCGCCAAAAGGGUUUUCAUAUUGAUUUUUCUUGUCUCUUUUUCUGAAAUGCAUUCCAAUACAUUUGCUCUGCUAAUCAUGGUCUUGCUUCUGUGCAUUAUAAUUAAACUCCUUUUAUAAAUGUAUAAAACCGAUAGUAAUGAGCUACUGAUGAGAAUAGAAAAAAAUAUUAAUUGUAUGCUUUCUGUGUUUUUUUUUCACGAUUAGCAACGUUAACUUAAUUGUUCUUUAAGUUUCUUUGCUUGUUUUGGGGUUUCAUUAGGUUAUUUGCUAGACUAUGGAAGAUGUGUAUUGAUAGUAAAACCAGUUUGAUCUUCUCUUAUGAUCUGGUCUAUGGUAAAGAAGAAAAAAGUGCACCAGGAACUGUGCACUUAGCUAAUAUACAUAGAUCAGUGCCAAAUCCUGACAGUCAGGUUACAGUCUGUUACAUGGUCAUCGUGUUGGGGCACCUGAUAAUCCCUUAGCUACUGUAGCCAGAGACAAAAUUGAGCCAAAGAUUCCACUAAAUCAAACCACUAAGGAAAUAUUCACUUUGUUUCUCGAGAAUCCCACAAAUUCCCAUUCCCAAUUCCCCUUUACGUGUGGAUUCACAUUAAAUGUGUUUGCUAUGAUGUUGUCAUGCUCUCCAUCACCAAGCCCCUCUUUUUGGACUCCGGACUAAAUGUGACUCCUCUCCCAGGACUUAACUACUACUAUUGGAUAUAUAACCGCAAUGGCAGGACACAUGAUACACAGGACACAAGUCCAGGUACUGCAAGCCCAAGCAGAGGCAACCAACCUGAUCAAUGAUAGUGUACUAUACUACACUCCCUCCCUUCCCCACUUGCUUCUGACAGACUGAUUGGCCAAUGCUGGAACAACCUAUUUUCCUUAAAUGUUUGGGACAUUGUCAGGCAACGCAAAGUUCUUGGGACAUCUUCCUGUAAAAUGUGUUUAUACUGUAACAUUUAAAUAUAGGCAUUUUAUUUGCUGAAAUUGUUGUAAAUAGGUACUUAUACAGCAUGAUUAUUUGAUGUUUCAAUAUUGAUUAGGGUAAUAAAAUAUACUGCCUAAAA